ACCCCCUUGCACAGCUCCCCCCGCCCGCCCCAUCAACAUCCGGGAGAGAGUGAUCCAUUUGUUACAAUUGAAGAACCUAUCCUGACACAUCAUAAUCACCCAAAGCCCACAGUUUACAUUGGGGUUCACUGGCUGUUGUACAUGCCAUGAGUUUGGACAAGUGUAUAUUCACAUGUAUUCCCCGAUAACAUACAGAAUCAUUUCACUGCCCUAAAAAUCCUGUGUUCCGGCGAGACUCCAUUUAAAAGGGUGAUAUGAGAGGGGAAAAAAAAGCGUGCAGCCCAGAGGCUCGACCAAACUCCAAGUUUGUUUCCAAGUUCAGGGCUCCCAGCUGACGAGUCUCUCCAAGUCCAGCCAAGGGAAGGUUGCUUCUCCCCCUCCUCCUCUUCCUUUGUUCAAGUGUCAAGCAAAUGGGUUUCCUGUUGACACCGGAAUAUUGUGAAAGGGCACGAAGACGCCAAGCCACCUCCUCUUUCCCGGCUUCCUAUCCCAUUUAUUUAUUUUGUACACGUUUGUUUUGGUCGGGCGGGCGGUUCCAGCGUGUGGCUGCAGGGCGGCCCCAGCGGCGGUAACCCCUCCCCGAGGAGGCGAGGCCUGGCCACAGCCCGCCCCAUCUCGGCUCCAACUGCGGGGCGGGGAAGGGAAGGAGGAAGGGGGAAGCGAGUGGGAGACUGAAAGCUGGGAGAAGGAGGCCGCUGGUGCGCCGCGAGGAGGCGGGGAAACCGGCCCGAGCCAGGCCGCUCCCCCGCGGGCUGCAGGUGGAGUCCGCAGAGGUAGCCGCUGCCGCCGCCCGCCUCCCUCCGGGGCCCGAGGGCGCUGGCGUGGAGCGCCCGGUGCUUGCGGCCCCGGCGCCAGGGCCCACGGCUCGCCCGCCGUGCCGGGGCUGCGCCUCCGUGCCUCGUCCAUGGCUGAGGGCCGGCGGCGGGAGGACGAGGAGGAAGAGCUGCGCGAACGCCGCGAGUUCGGGGGCCGGCGCCGCGCCCGGGGCCGUGCGCUGUCGGGCCACUCGGCCGCAGAUCGCAACGAACGAAAUAAACCAGAGCAUCGUUCUUCAAGCCAAGGACCCUUGUCAUCCAUUAGAGCGGUAAUCAAGAGAUCUUCUCGGACUUCUUUUCAGAGCGAGCUUCAUCGAGAUAGGAGGCGCCCAGAGAUCACCAUCGUGGCAGCUGAGCCCCUGAGGCCGUCCUCGUGGUUUCCAGGAGCCCCGCCCCCGGGACUGGGAUUUCCCCCAUCUUCUGCAGCAGGCCCUUGGAGGCCCAGUGAGCUGGUUCCUGCUGAGCUCCCACCAUCUUAUGAACAAGUCAUAAAAGAAAUCAACCAAGUUCAAGUUAAUACUACGAAUAAUAAUAAUGCUGCUGCCACUCCAAGGCACACAAUUACUUCUGCAACUCAGACUGACUUUACAGAAGAAAUAGCCAACCAUCUGCCUCAAAGUGGUGCAACACUACAGGCACCUCUCAAGCCUCUCCAGCCUUCCCCGGCGGUCUCAGCCAGUGAUCUUCCAACAAAUGUGGCACCUUUAAUAGUCUUUGAUAUUUCUGAAGAACAGAAUUGUCCAGAGAACUCCAGCGCUACAAGAUGUCCAGUGCCAAGGCCAAGAUCAAAAGCCAACCUCAGACCAGUAGCCAGAGACAGUCACAUUAAAGAGCAAAAUCACCAGAAAACCAGUCCCGCGGUCACAGAGAAGGAGUCCUCGCUGAGGCAGCCUCAGUCUUUGUUGGACAGCACCAACGACCUGGAUAGUCAGGCAGUGAUGAACAUUAUGAACACAGAACAAAGCCAAAAUAGUGUCGUUUCAAGAAUCAAAGCAUUUGAAGGUCAGACAAAUAAAGAAGCCUCGGGACUGCCCUCGAAACCGGAAAUUGCUCCCCGCACACUCCCCCCCAGGCCUGCUGUUCCCUCAGGGAAACCCUCAGUGGCUCCCAAGCCAGCUGCCAACAGAGCUUCUGGAGAGUGGGACUCCUGGACUGAAACCAGACUCAAGGUGACCUCUAGGGAAGGGCUCACCCGGCACUCUCCACUGCAAGAAGUAGGGAGCAUCCCAGUAACCAAACCAGAAUUGCCAAAGAAACCAAAUGCUGGCCUUAUACGAAGUGUUAAUCCUGAGAUUCUGGGAGGAGGGCCCGUGGCUGAGAGCCCUGAUGGUGGGAAGAAAGUCCCAACUCCUGCUCCUCGGCCUCUGUUGCCGAAGAAAUCGGUUUCCUUAGAAAACCCCAACUCUGCAGCUUUGCUGAAACCAGUCACCGUUCCUCCCCGACCCUCAGUGGCAUCACAGGCCAAAGCAUUCAGGUCACUGGGAGAAGGAAUCCCGGCCAACUCCCCAGCUCCAGCUCUGCAAAGCAAGCCCCCCGGGGACAUUGACCUCAUCAGUUUUGAUGAUGAUGUUUUACCCACCCCAGCUGGGAACCUGGUUGAAGAAUCUGUUGGUUCAGAGAUGGUUCUGGAUCCCUUUCAGCUCCCCAUAAAAACAGAACCAACAAAAGAACGAGCAGUUCAACCAGCACCCACCAGGAAGCCCACUGUGAUUCGAAUUCCAGCCAAACCAGGAAAAUGUUUACAUGAGGAUCCACAAAGCCCACCUCCUCUCCCUACUGAAAAACCUAUUGGAAACACUUACAGUAUGGUAUCUGAAAAACUCAGUAUUGUUGACAGAACUAGGAACUUGGACUCUGACCACACGGGUCACACAGGAGGUUCUGUGCGAGGACCCCCAAGGUUGCCACCAAGACCUGUAAAUGGAAAAGUUCCACCAGCUCGACAACCUCCUCCCAAGGGAGCCCCCGAGAGACCACCUCCCCCCAAACUUUCUGCAACCAGAGCAUCCAAUAAAAAACUGCCUUUUAAUCGGUCUUCUUCUGACAUGGAUCUUCAGAAAAAGCAAAGUAACUUGGCAUCUGGACUCUCGAAAGCCAAGAGUCAAGUCUUUAAAACUCAAGAUCCGGUGCUGCCCCCGCGACCCAAACCAGGACACCCUCUCUACAGGAAAUACAUGCUGUCUGUGCCUCAUGGAAUUGCCAAUGAAGACAUUGUCUCCCAGAACCCUGGAGAACUCUCCUGUAAGCGUGGGGACGUACUUGUGAUGCUGAAGCAGGCAGAAAAUAAUUACUUGGAAUGCCAAAAGGGAGAAGAUACUGGCAGAGUUCACCUGUCUCAGAUAAAGAUUAUCACCCCACUUGAUGAGCAUCUUAGAAGCAGACCAAACGAUCCAGACCAUGUUCAGAAGCCUGUUGACAGUAGUGCCCCUCAUGCUGUUGUUCUUCAUGAUUUUCCAGCAGAGCAAGCUGAUGAUUUGCACCUCACUUCUGGAGAAAUUGUUUAUCUUCUGGAAAAAAUAGACCCAGAUUGGUAUAGAGGGAAAUGUAGAAACCAGACUGGCAUAUUUCCUGCCAACUACGUCAAAGUAAUUAUUGAUGUUCCAGAAGGAGCAAAUGGGAAAAGAGAAUCCGUUUCAUCUCGUUGUGUUAAAGGCCCAAGAUGUGUCGCUCGGUUUGAAUAUAUCGGAGACCAGAAGGAUGAGUUAAGCUUCUCGGAGGGAGAAAUUAUUAUUCUUAAAGAGUAUGUGAAUGAAGAAUGGGCCAGAGGAGAACUUCGAGAUAGAACUGGGAUUUUCCCCCUCAACUUUGUAGAAGUCGUGGAGGGUCAUCCCACCUCUGGUGCAAAUGUUCCAAGCACAAGGGUACCACCACCCAAGACCAAAAAAGAAGAUUCUGGUGCAAAUUCUCAGGAUGGUAGUCUUUCUGGAGAAUGGUGUGAAGCCCUUCACAGUUUUACAGCAGAGACUAGUGAUGACUUAUCCUUCAAGAGGGGAGACCGGAUCCUGAUCCUUGAGCAUGUGGACUCUGACUGGUACAAGGGCAGACUGCGUGACAGGGAGGGGAUCUUCCCAGCAGUCUUUGUGCGGCCCUGUCCAGCUGAGGCAAAAAGUAUGGCUGCUUUAGCACUGAAGGGGAAAAAGGCCAAAGCCUUAUAUGAUUUCCAUGGGGAGAAUGAAGAUGAGCUUUCCUUCAAGGCUGGAGACAUCAUAACAGAGCUGGAAUCUGUAGAUGAUGAUUGGAUGAGUGGAGAACUAAUGGGAAAAUCUGGAAUUUUUCCCAAAAACUACGUUCAGUUUUUAUAAGUCAGCUAAAGGUGAAGCUUGACUGUGUUCUUUGGCACAGGAACUCACUUGAACUAUCACUUUGACUAUCAGAUACAUUUUUGCACUAUUUUUUUAAACUGAAAAAUAUCUAUGCUGUACAUGGUACACUAGAAUUUUCUGAAAGCAGAAUAUGUCUAGGUUUUGUAGUCCGCUUUCAUUCACACUAGAAACGUGCACGUGGAAACCCAUGAACCACCCCUGGUAUCCUACCAAGGAGGACAUCAGGCAGGGUUAGCAAGCCAGGUACACACUUCCCCCAGGGAAAGCGUCGGGUGACGUGGCAGCGUGGGGAGGCUUACCAGCAGAAGUUGCACUCGGACAUCUUUGCAUCGGCACAAGGAAAUUAACCGUGCUUCUUCAUUUUUUACUUUAGUUUAAAAAGAGGACAUUUGAUAUUCUCCGUGCUGUAACUAUCAGGACAUGGUUGGUAAUCUAAAUUUCAUUUUUGACAUUCAGAUUAAUUCUAACGAUUUAAGCGCAGUAUCCUUAUUACCAGGGCAAAUCUUUACUUCAGGUGGGGCAGUUUAUUAACUAGCUGGAGCCUUUGUAAGCACUUGGUGCAUCAGCUCGUGCUCAUCAAAUGCUCCUUGUGUUACUAAGUAUUUUCCCUUUGUCCAAGGAUCUAAAGGGUGUUAAAACUUGAUGUAUCUUAGUCAAAAGAACCAAAACCAUCCUGAAAUGCCUUGCUAAUACAACUAACCCUUCCACGUACCUGCCAUACCUUCUUUCUUCCAUGUAUACUUCAUGCUAACAGGGUUCUUAUAAAGCACAUUUUCUGAAUCUGCAAUCAUUCUUUUGACAAUUACUGGUGCCACACAAAGAAAAAUUCAUUUUCUUUGUGUUACCCCAGUAAUACAUAAAAACUGUGUCUUGUUAUAGUGGUACAUUAUGAAUCACAUAUAUCUCAGAAUACAGAGCAACUAUAAAGUCGGAAAACACCAAAUCCCUGCAGCUCAUUUCUUCCCACUAUAAUCAGAAUGAAAAACAAUUUAAGAAGACCCAAGGCUGAUACUUCUUUGGGCUUUUUUCCCCCCAGCUUAUUCCUGCACAAAUUAUUAGAGUAAAUAAAAAACCACUUUUCCUGCUAUCCAUUUGUUAUGCAUUCCAGACUUAAGAUAAAAGUGGUUCUUUAUGUGACUGAAUCAAUUACAGUUUAUGGGCUUAAGCCAAAUAGGUCGAAGACAAUCUUCCAAACAGGUCAAUGGAAUAGAAUUUCAUUGGAAAUGUAAAACACUUCCCCAACAACCUUCACUAUUUUCUUCCAUUUUUGAGAAGAGUUUCAUGUGCUUGGCCACUUUUUAGCUGUUGUCAUUGUUUCCCACUGUCCCAAAAGUUAGGCCGCCAGUUGUCAGCAAUUAUGUGAACACCAUGUGGGAUUCUGUAAGGGAGGAGAUGUUUACUUUGUCUUUGAUGGAACUUCAUCUUCCAGUUACAUGGUUACAAUUGAUCUUGGAGUAUGGGAGCUGUUUUUCUUACAUUUUGGUUAAAGAGGACAGUAUAAAAAAACUCUUAUCAAAUCUCACUUAAGAGUAAUUUCAUGAGAAAUUAGUGAUUUAGAGCAUUAUCUCAACUAAAUUCUUAUUUGCAGCAAGGUGCACAACAGCAGGAAGUGGGGGAUGUGUCUGGAAUAGGACAUGAGGUAUGUUAUUUUGCCUGUGUAAUUUUGACGUCAUAUAUCAAAGAUUGUGAAAGCCUAGCUUUAUUGGAGAAAAAUAUCCCUCUUUAAAUUUUGGCCUUGUGUUAGCAGAAUGAUAAGUGCAAUAGUUGUAAAUCUACUUGACAUUAUAAUAAACUGAACUGAACUUUUCAAA